CAGUGUGUGCAGGACGGGUGUCACUUAUUAUAUUAAAUUAUUAUAUAAAUUAUAUAGUUAAUCUGCUCUUAAUAAAUCUGUCAACACUUUCAUGUUUCACAAUAAAAGCCUUCAACAAAAAUUGAAGUUUCCUGCAAAUUAACAGGAAACAAACUUCAGAAAACACAAAAUAAAAAAGAUUUGAUGGUAAAAAGAUGAAAUUUAAAGCAGUUCAUGCAGCAGCUGGUUUUCCACUUGAUGAUGUGUAGUACUUCCUGUUUCAUCUGUUUUUCUCACCUCACAAUGACUGUGUAUUUGAACUGUACCUGCUCAGGUGAGACUGAAAUCAUUGCAGGUUGCAGAGCGGCGUGUUUCAGUUCAGUGUUAUUUUAUUGGUUGGUUUGAACCCUGAACGUGACGGAUGAUUUCAGUCCGUGCGAACACAGUCGGUGUUUUCCCAAAUGACUGUCCCUUCCUCUCUGAAGACCUGAAGGUGUGGAGGACAGACCCAGGCUCCAUAUUUGACUUUGACCCUCUGGAGGACAACAUCCAGUCCAAGAGCCUCCGCAGGAUGUCUGAGCGGGCCGACCGCCGGCUGAGCAGGCAGCACUCCCAGCAGUCUCUGACCCACAGCCAGGCUCAGUCUGUUAGCUCGCUGACCUCUGACCUCUGGGACCGCAGCAGCACCGAAACGCCUGGUAUUUUUAUUCUAAUUCAGGCUAAAGGCUGGAAGCUAAAGGCUAACGGCUAACAGCACGGACAGACACACUCACACAUGAAAGUCGUACUUGUCUGUGGUUGUUUCGUCUCUAAUCCACAAAUCCACCUGACUCGCUCACAGUCUCCUGCAGGUUCAAGUGUGUGUGAAGAGCACAGAGUGUUUUUAUGUUGUUUUAACAGUUUGAAUCACAUGACUUCACAGUGUGUUCGCAGCAGAGGAGGCUCCCCAUCGUCUCAGACAGAUGCAGGAAACACCUUUCAGACGGACUUAUUCUCUCUCUCUCUCUCUCUGUGUUUGUGUGUCU